UGAGUUUUGACAUGUCUACCACUAAGACAGGGGAGAGUUCAAUGCUAACUCCAAGUCUAGCAAUGAGUUCUCUGUCUCUCUACAAGGAUCCUAAGCUAAGUACCCUAAGCAUUAUCAGAAAAUAACAAUCAACUAAAUGGGGAUGAAGAGGCCAAAUUUGAGGAAAAAGACUUUUGCCAACUGUGUGGAGUGGAAUUUAAGAAAAUUUUUAAACCUAGACACCAUUGUAGAUCAUGUCUCCGAAGCGUUUGCUCCAAUUGUUCUAAAGGAAGCGGGAAGAAUAGGAUGUGUGAUAUGUGAAUCACUGAAGAAGAAAACCAGGAACUUAAGAACACUUAUGAAGGAGUCUUGGACCAAAAGCAAGCUCAGCUAGAAGCACUCAAGCAUAGAAUCAUCAAUCUUGACUCCAAAACUGAAGCCAAAAAGAAACAACUGGAGAUAGAGAAGCAGAACUUACAGAAAAAUCUGGAAGAGAAGUUAAACGAAGCUCAGGAUCAACUAAAGGAUGAGGUAAAGAAAUCAAACCACUUAAAAAUUGAGCUGGAAUAUAAGAGAGAAGAGCUCCUAAAGAGUACAGAAGACAAAUCUGAAGCUGAAUCUUACUUAACCCAUAAGAGGAAUGAUCUUAAAAUAAUACAGCAAAAAUUGGCUGAUAAGGAAACAGAGCUUGCUAAGACUCAUGCCAAGGUUAUGAAAUAUCAAUUGGAAAGCUAA